AUUCUGAUUGAGAUCGAGCGUAACAUUGAGGCCGGUGAAGUGUAUAGAGUGAGUGUGGCUUCCUUCUGUCAAGAUAUCUCUUUCUACACCGACCAGAUACUCAUCCAGUUCACUGCUUCGAAUACAUCAUCAGAACCCAUCAGUACGACACUUGCGCAAAUUACAAUAACUGUAGAUGACAAUAAGGCUGGAAAUGACAGUAAUAGUGAUGGAACAACCAGUAACUCGAUCGACGAUUCUGUAUCGGCAACUACAAUAGCACCGGGCGAUCAAACCAGUGCCGACAACAUUGAUGGUAGUACAGUUGGUUCGGAGGAUGGCUCAGUACCGGGAGUUACAACAUCUGCUGGCAAUAUUAACGACAAUGGAAGCAUCCCGAGCGACUCGGGCGAUGGUACCUUUCCAGGAACUACAACAGCUGCUACUGACGGAGCUCCUGGCAAUAACAGCGACAAUGGAGGGAAUUCAACUGACUCAGGCUCUGAUUCAUUUCCAGGAACUACAGCAGCUGCUAGUAGUGAAACCCCUGGCAAUAACAGCGACAAUGGAGGGAACUCAACUGACUCAGGUUCCGAUUCAUUUCCAGGAACUACAGCAGUUGCUAGUAGUGAAACCCCUGGCAAUAACAGCGACAAUGGAGGGAAUUCAACUGACUCAGGUUCCGAUUCAUUUCCAGGAACUACAGCAGCUGCUAGUAGUGAAACCCCUGGCAAUAACAGCGACAAUGGAGGGAAUUCAACUGACUCAGGUUCUGAUUCAUUUCCAGGAACUACAGCAGCUGCUAGUAGUGAAACUCUUGGCAAUAACGGCGACAAUGGAUGGAAUUCAACUGACUCAGGUUCCGAUUCAUUUCCAAGAACUACGGCAGCUGCUAGUAGUGAAAAUCCUGGCAAUAACAGCGACAAUGGAGGGAAUUCAACUGACUCAGGUUCCGAUUCAUUUCCAGGAACUACAGCAGCUGCUAGUAGUGAAACUCCUAGCAAUAACAUCGUCAAUGGAGGGAAUUCAACUGACUCAGGUUCCGAUUCAUUUCCAGGAACUACAACAGCUGCUACUGACGGAGCCCCUGGCAAUAACAGCGACAAUGGAGGGAAUUCAAGUGACUCAGAUUCCGAUUCAUUUCCAGGAACUACAGCAGUUGCUAGUAGUGAAACCCCUGGAAAUAACAGCGAAAAUGGAGGGAACUCAACUGACUCAGGUUCCGAUUCACUUCCAGGAACUACAGUAGCUGCUAGUAGUGAAACUCCUGGCAAUAACAGCGACAAUGGAGGGAAUUCAACUGACUCAGGUUCCGAUUCAUUUCCAGGAACUACAGCAGCUGCUAGUAGUGAAACUCCUAGCAAUAACAUCGACAAUGGAGGGAAUUCAACUGACUCAGGUUCCGAUUCAUUUCCAGGAACUACAGCAGCUACUAGUAGUGAAACUCCUAUCAAUAACAUCGACAAUGGAGGGAAUUCAACUGACUCAGGUUCCGAUUCAUUUCCAAGAACUACAGCAGCUGCUAGUAGUGAAACUCCUGGCAAUAACAGCGACAAUGGAGGGAAUUCAACUGACUCAGGUUCCGAUUCAUUUCCAAGAACUACAGCAGCUGCUAGUAGUGAAACGCCUGGCAAUAACAGCGACAAUGGAGGGAAUUCAACUGACUCAGGUUCCGAUUCCUUUCCAAGAACUACAGCAGCUGCUAGUAGUGAAACUCCUGGCAAUAACAUCGACAAUGGAGGGAAUUCAACUGACUCAGGUUCCGAUUCAUUUCCAAGAACUACAGCAGCUGCUAGUAGUGAAACCCCUGGCAAUAACAGCGACAAUGGAGGGAAUUCAACUGAUUCAGGAUCCGAUUCAUUUCCAGGAACUACAGCAGCUGCUAGUAGUGAAACUCCUGGCAAUAACAGCGACAAUGGAGGGAAUUCAACUGACUCAGGUUCCGAUUCCUUUCCAAGAACUACAGCAGCUGCUAGUAGUGAAACUCCUGGCAAUAACAUCGACAAUGGAGGGAAUUCAACUGACUCAGGUUCCGAUUCAUUUCCAAGAACUACAGCAGCUGCUAGUAGUGAAACUCCUGGCAAUAACAGCGACAAUGGAGGGAAUUCAACUGACUCAGGUUCCGAUUCAUUUCCGGGAACUACAGCAGCUGCUAGUAAUGGAAACCCUGGUAAUAACAGCGACAAUGGAAGGACUUCAACUGACUCGGGUGCUGAUUCAUUUCCAGGAACUACAGCAGCUGCUAGUAAGGGUAUCACUGGUAAUAACAGCGACAAUGGAGAAACUUCAACCGUCUCCAGCGCGGAAUCUUUUCCAAUAACUAGAGCAGUUUCCAGUGAUGAAAACGGUGGCAAUACCAACGCGAUGGGAGCUACCCCAGCAGGCUCAAGUGAAAAUUCAGUUCCAGUAACUACAUCAGUUGCUGGCAUUUUUAACACGGGCCAUGACAAUGAUAACACCGGAACUCGAGCUGGCUCAGAAGAUCAUUCAGUAACAAGAGACACUACGACAGUUUUAGGAAACAGUGAAGUUACUGAUGAUAACGUAGGAGGGUCAAAUUCAAAUACUGAUUCGUCAACUUUGGUGCCAAGUGCAGAAGUUCAGGCGGCUGGGCUUUCAGGGGUUCUUGAAGAUCUUUCCGGCUGGGCGCUUCUAAUAAUUUGUACCUGCGUUGUCGUAGUUAUCAUACUGUUCAUAUCGUGCAUUGCUUGGCUGAAAUGUAGAAGAUAUCGAAAAACUGCAUCUUUUUCUGAUCAAAGACGACUAGCGGCCUUUGAACAUUAUCAAUCGUCUGUGAACAACGUCUCAUUGGACAAAUUGGUUCCAGUUAUUCCAGUCGAUUUGAUUUCAGAUUUCGACCAGCCGGCUAACUCUUCAGGAUACGUUUCAAAUAUGUCUGGACUUCCUUCGCCUAUAAAUGAAACAGACGCGCCUAAAAUUGCGCAAUUUUUAUCAAGCGACUGGCUGACAAGCACUCCAAUUGAGAAAAGCUCUCCUGUUAUUAACUCAUUUUAUAGUCGUCCACCAUUUGUUAACAAAUGGGAAAAAGGAUCGCGGCUUGACAUCAGUGAAUUAAGGAGUCGAAUCAUGGAUGGAAGUUAUAUCGAAACUCCGAGAUCCGGUGUGACAUAUCAUGAGGAAGCUUUUUGA